AUGGCGUCAUCUCUUGCAGCACAGCUGUCGCAAAUUGCGACAAAGUCGACUCAUCAGCUUGACCUUAAAGCUCAGAGAGUUGCCCACUCCCAGUCGCUGAUUUUUGAUCACAAGAUCGCGGGAUCACAAGACUUUGAUACAGUCUAUGAUAUUUGCUAUGCUGGGUUUCAGGAACUAUGUUCUCUCGAUUCUCGCUUCUCAGAAUUUGGCCAUACAAUUUUCAGUGAACAGAGCAAGGACGAGGAUAGGACACAGAUGAAUGUUGCUCAGAACAGGGAGCUGGACACUGUGAUUGAAGCCUUUCUUGGUCUUGUGGGCGGAAGGCUACAGCUGAGCCCUGCGGUCAAGGCUGUCGAUUGGCUUGUGAGGCGCUUCAGGAUCCAUGAGUACAACACGGCUUGGACUCUGUUCACUUUUCUCCCAUACCACACGUCACCUUUGUUCUUGAAUUUACUCUCGAUUCUUCCCGAUAAUGUCUCGCCAACGUUCAAAGUGCUAUAUCCUUACAAAACUAGCCUUGUCAACCCCCCACGCCAUCCUCUAGUACACAGUGCCACCACAAACAAACUUUUUUUCGCAGCAUUGAAUGAUUAUGUUCUGAAGGUCUGCCGACAACGGGCACAGAGCCAUGCAUUGCUCUCCUUCUGGGCGGGGAUCGUCACGGAGGCAGUGGCUACAAUGCUAGACACCACUCGCUCGGGAAGAAGAGAGGCCGAGAAGCAGAAACAUGAAGAUAUCAUUCUCCGGGUUCUUCCCGUCCUCAGCAGCGCUUUUACCAUGAAGAGGGUCUCGGAAUUGAUCAUCAGUUGCUACAUGAUUUGCGUGGUCUUGGCCCAAAAAGCUUCGCUGUCCGACGAAGUGGUAGAUGGCCUGAUGGAGAGUGUGGUCAGCUCCUGGACAGAGGAGACAAAAAGCUCUGGUCUUAUUUGCUUGUCGGUGUUGGCACAACAAAAACCAUCGGUCUCGAUUCCCAAGAAAGUGUUCAAGGGAAUUUUGCGUCUUGACAACCCUAUCAAAAGCUUUUCCGAAGUGGCAGCGCAUUAUCAAACAUCUCGACUUUUGCUGGGACUUGUUUCCGGUUGUCUGAGCGAUCUUGAUAAACAGAGCGACAACACGCGGCUCGUCUUGUUGUCCUCCAUCUUCGAGAACAACAUGCUGGCAGAGAAUGAAACGAGGAAGGCGAUCGCUAUGAUUCUCGAAGCCGGCAGCAGUGGCGAUGCCACCCGCGGAAUGACUCUGAGCGCACAAACGCACCUCGCCGAAUUGGUGCAAGGGUUCACUAGGUCUGAAACUCUUCAGCCAAUUUUCCAGAAGACCCUGGCCGAAUCCGCUAUCAACAUUCCCGCGUUGGAGCACAAUCUGCAGACCGUGGUUGAAGCGCCGGUUGCGCCACGGCCCAUUGAAGAUGUGGACAUGGAGGACGCAGACAAUGAGCCCGUUGACACGUUUACGCCGGCUUUUGAGUCAUUGACAACAGAGGCUCGCUUCCCGUUCUCAUUCCUCAGCAAACUCUCGAUUCCCGAGUUCGAUAACCUUGUUCAAGUGUUUGCAUUGGCGGUGGACUCGCAGGAGAAACUCGAUCGUUUCGCCAACUUGAAGAUUUUGGGUAAAGCAGACGCCACCAAAACCCCCCAGUUCUUGUCGUUUUUCGCUAGGGCUGUUUCUGGCCCUUAUCCUAUCGGCACGAAAGUCGCAGCCUUGGAUGUUCUCUCGUCUACCCUCUUGUCGAUUUCGGGAGACUUUGACCCACAGGCAUUGCUUCCAUUCCUAAUUGUCGCCCUCUCCGACCCCUCUGAACGGAUUCGUCGUGAUACCACUGGUGUUUUGGUGGCCAUUGCUUCUGUAUACAACAAGAGCAACAUCGCCGAUGAUGCUUCCAUUAAGCCGUGGGCACACGACGCGAUCUACGGGCAGGGCAAACAAUCGAGCAGUGUCUCUUGGCUCUCAGCUCGCAAUGCUCAGAAGGUUUUGGAACGUGCGUUACUUCCUGGACUGGAGGAAUAUAUUCUCGAUGCGAAUCACAUCGGUAGAGUUAUCGACGCCGCUCUUCGAGGCUCCGUUUUGCCCGAAGCCACCGGCGCCUCAGAGCUGAAAAAAUCUCUUCGGUUCAGUCUUUUUACCUUCCUCUGCUCCCACAUUGUUCACAUGCCGGUUUUCGCCCCCAAGCUUGGUCUGCUGAACCUCGUCAAUCGAGUCGAGAAGGUCUCCGGGACAACCCGUACCAAAGAACUCCUCCCGCUCCUCGAGAACUGGCGUGACUUGAGCCAGGUCCAGGUUGACGAAAUUUGUGCCAACGAACGUCUCUCUGCUUCCGAGGCCGAGCAUAACAUUGCUUCUAUUGUGACCUCCAGAGAAAAGAAUGCCAUCGACAUUCUUUUGUCCAACAUUAACCGUGACUCCAACGCCUUGAGGUCUUCUUUUGUUGCAAACGUCUUCGCCCGUAUCAAGGAAUUGUGGGCCAAAAUCCCUGAAGAUUAUCAGCUGUCUGUGUCUGAGAAAUUGUUGGAUAUCUCUCUUGGGCUGUCAGUUGGUGAAGCAUUUCUGGUCACUAACUGCCGGGAUGUUCUUCGCAGUGUUGAACUUUCCGGUCCUGUUCUCCUGCACUUUGUCCAGAAGAUUCCUGUCUCUCUCACAGAUGCCGAAGCCAUUGGGCCUGCCCCGAAGCGGAGACGUACUAGUCAAAACAACAUGGUUGCCAUGACGGUCAAGGAUGAAGCGGAGCUCAGCAAGCUCAUGGACAAAAUGACUUUCAUCCUGGAGGUUGUGGACAGCUCCGCCCCGGAAAACCACCCCGAACUGGCGGAUGGAUUGUUCCAAACUCUUGCUGCCCUUCAUCACUUCAAAUCGCAAAUCCAGUCUGGCAUGAGCUACCUGCUCAGCUUGACUCUGGGAAGCCUCUUGGCUAUCGUCAAUAAAUCCAAGGGUUCUGCGAAACCGCAAUUCGACACCUCCGUCAUCCGGGCCGAUCUGGUUGUGGACUGUGUACGAACGACGGAAAGCCCUCAAGUCCAAAAUGUGGCUCUUCUUCUUGUGGCCGGUCUAUCCGUCAUUGCUCCCGAACUGGUUCUUCACAGUGUGAUGCCAAUCUUCACGUUUAUGGGUUCUAGCGUCCUUCGAAAGGACGACGAUUACUCUGUGUCGGUGAUUGACCAGACUAUCGACCAGGUCGUUCCUGCGCUUAUCCGAUCCCUUCGCAACCAGAAGCGGGACGUGGUUUCUGGGACCUCGGAGCUGCUGCUGAGCUUCACGGCAGCCUUUGAGCACAUUCCCUCUCAUCGUCGCUUGAGACUGUUCCAUGCUUUGAUCAGCAAACUGGGAACCCAGGACUUCCUGUUUGCUGUCCUCGCAAUGCUUGCUAAUCGAUACUCGACCGACAAGGAUGUUCUUACGUUGAUGAGUGGUUUGGCGUCGGAUGCUAGCCCUGUUGUGGAACUCACCACUUACAGCAAAUACCUCAACCUUGUCAGUGAUUCGUUUAAGCCUAAGCCCGGAAUCUCCCAGGUUUUGCUCGGAAUCGGUAGCGAUGAUGGACGUGAUCCGCAGAAGGUUGCCGUCGAUUUGCUGCGGGACUUGGCUCACUUGCUCAAGCACUCGUCCUUGAAGUCGAAAUUGGAAAAGGCCUUCGAGACAAAGGGCCAGAGUGCUGACCAGGCCUACGCUUGUUUGUCCCGUGUUCUCCAGCAGAUUCUGGGUAUCCUCGAAUCUGUGCAGAGCAUGAAGCCCGUUAGCCAAGCAUGCGGUGAGGUUCUCGGGUCGCUGUUUGGCACUUUGUCUCUUGUCGACCUCUUGGACACGGUCGAGGUGUUGCUUCAAAAGCCCAAUGAUGAUCUUCGGCGCAAGGUUCUACGACUACUUGAAAACCGGCUGCGUCAGAACCCUGAGCGCGACAAUGCGUCCCAGAUCCGCGUCCUUGACUUCCUGCCCACCCUUGUCCGCGUUGUUGAGUCAUCUCCGGAUACACUUCUCAAGCAUGCUUCGGUUGCCUGCAUUGAUCGCAUCACGGACAAGUAUGGCCGGAAGGACCCGUCUAAAGUCAUCCCUGCGGCUCAGGUCAUCGCCGGUGCAUCCUGUAUUGGGCAGACUGAUGACCGCAUUCGCAUCAUGGGUGUUCUGUGUCUUGCCUCUAUGGCUGAGGUGCUGGGUCAGGCGCUGAUUCCUGCACUACCCGAUACGCUCAGCCGGUCCCUACACUUGCUCGAGCUGAGCCUGGCUCCUGGGAAGGAGAACUCGCGACUGCACGAUGCUAUCUUCUCGCUCUUUUCCGCCCUCUUUGUUCAUCUCCCAUUCAUGAUGUCGGACACUCAUUUGGACAAGAUCCUGCUUCUCUCUUUCCAAUCUGCCAAUGCAGCUAUUGACGAGAGUGGCGAAGAGACCCGUUUGGAGGCCCUUCGCUUGAUGGCUCGAAAGGUGGAUGUGGGCGCAACUCUCGGUACAAUUAAUCGCAACUGGCAACGCGCUGUGAAGGCUGGACCAGAGGCCACCAAUGAGGCCCUUCAGGUUGUUAGCCUUGCUGUUGAGAAGCAUCCCAAGUCAACCAUCGUCAAGAACGUUGGCGUUCUUACCAAGAUCCUUUUCAACGCAUUCGACUUGAGGCGUGAACAGGUGGCGCUUGGCGAGGGUGCGGCCUUUGACUCUUCCGACCUUGACGGGGCCGAGAGCGCUCUCAACGACGUCACGAUCAAGAUGAUCUACAAGCUCAACGACAGUACCUUCCGGCCCAUUUUCAUUAAGUUCGUCGAGUGGGCCACCGCGUCCAAGAAGGAUGAGCAAGGCCGACUGUCGCGGCUUACAACCUUCUAUAAGUUCCUUGAGGUUUUCUUCGGCACUCUUCAGUCCAUCGUUACCGGCUACUCGAGCUACAUUUUAGAGAACGUGGUCGAGGUUCUCAGCACAGCUAAUCCCACCAAAGCUUCCAAGCCGCUCUGGCUGGCAACACUCCGCAUGCUCCGCAAUGCUUUCGAGCAUGACCAGGAUGAAUUCUGGCAAUCUCCCUCUCACCUCUCCAGUGUUUCUGGGCCUCUGAUCGCGCAACUGGGACAUGCCACCAGCUCAGCCACUGCUAAUCUGGUCAUUGCCGAAGCUGUUCCUACCAUCACGGAGCUCGCCGUCGCCGCCGACUCCACUGACAACUACAAGGAGCUGAACACCGCCCUGAUGAAGUACCUCCGUCCUUCGACCGCUCCCAACGUCAAGUCGGCUGGAGGCGAUAACCCGCAGACUCGUCUUGCGGCCUUGAAGACGGAGCAAGCUCUGACGGAACAACUCGGUGAGGAAUGGCUCGCCCUCCUGCCAGAGAUGCUGCCAUACAUCAGCGAGCUUAUGGAGGACGAAGACGAGAGUGUUGAGCGGGAAGUUCGCAAGUGGGUGAAGCAGAUUGAAGGCGUGCUCGGUGAACGCCUGGAUGAUAUGUUGACUUAA